AUGCGUAUACAGAUGGCACAAUUUUAUUCAUUAGAAGAGACACUUUAUAAAUGGUUUGAAGGUUUACGCAGUCAAAAUAUUCCAGUUUCCCAAGAUUUGUUAAAAAUGAAGGCAGUUGAGCUUUAUAAUAAGGCUAUAGAACAGGAUGCACAAUUUUCUAAUUUUGAAGCAUCAAACGGCGAAUCCAUAUAUCUUGACCAAGUAGAGAAUGGAAGAAAAGAAUUGCAACAAAUAAUAGUUACGUUUAACAUAGAUGAUGUUUACAAUGCAGAUGAAACAGAACUCUUCUUCCGUUUAGGUCCGAACAAAACACUUGCAUCAAAAGGUGAUAAAGCGAAAGUAUCACAAUGGAUUCAUAAGUUGAAUGAAGAACAAGAGAUGAAAAAACCAAAUAUUAAAGAAGUAAUUGAAAUAGUUGCAGAUGCUUGGAACAAUGUAAAACAGGAGACAAUAAAGAACUGCUGGUUAAGCACAGGAAUAUUAACUGCAGAAAUGACACAUGCCAAUACAGAUAAUAUGAAGAUUGAUGAAGCUAAUAAUGAUAUAGUUGAAUUGAUUUCAGCUUUAGAUAGUCUUAGCAUUGCAGAACCCUCAAUAGAUAAUUUGACAGCAAAUGAAUAUAUUGAGAUAGAUAAUAAUUUGGUUAGUACAGAGUUAUCUACAGAUGACGAACUCGUUAAAGAAAUUCUUUUGGCUGAAGGAGUCUUACACCUGACACAAGUAGAUAUGGAAGAUUCAAGUGAGGAAAAAGAAGCAAGCAUUUCUGUAAAGGUGGGAAGAGAAGCACUUGUAACAGCCAGGAA